GAUCAAUGUGGCUCCUGGGAUCACCUGCUCCAAUCAUGAAUGAGGCAGUGUCACCGGCGCGCGCGGUCCACAGUCCCGGUGCCGUGUCCACUGCGCACAGCAUAGAGGCCAUACUGGGCUUUAGAGAGGACGCCCUUUUCCACAAAACCUCCUCCUACAACAUGAUGGACAGAGAGAUGGGACACGAUGAAGAACGCAGCGUGGAUGUUUCUGUGACCCCAACAAAGAGAAAGUCCUACACGGGGAAUUUGGACACUGUGUGUUGUGCCAAAAGCGUCAUGGAGCCAUCGUCCGCGCGUCUCGACUCUCCUGACAGAGAGUGCAAACUGUCGGAUGAUGAAAACUCAAAGAAGAAACACAGGAGGAACCGGACCACGUUCACUACAUUCCAGCUGCAUGAACUGGAAAGAGCUUUUGAGAAGUCUCACUAUCCGGAUGUGUACAGCAGGGAAGAACUGGCCCUAAAAGUCAAUCUUCCGGAGGUCCGUGUGCAGGUCUGGUUCCAAAACAGACGUGCAAAGUGGCGUCGCCAGGAGAAGCUUGAAGUGAGCUCCAUCAAACUUCAAGACAGUUCCUCCUCGCUGCUCUCCUUCAGCCGCUCCCCGACUCAGGCAGUGGGCUCUGGACUGCAGAUGGACUCCUGGCUGACCACCCCCAUCACCUCCUCCGCCUCCAUGCAGUCACUCCCCGGUUUUGUCAGCAGCCCACAGCAUGCUCUUCCCGGGACGUACACUGCAUCUCCUCCAUCCUCAAUUUCGCCAUCUACACUAUCGGCCCCGUUCCUCGGCCCUCCUGCCCUGGCUCACAGCGCUCACUUGCCCCUCAUCAGAUCUAUGUGCCCGCCGGUGCCAUACCAGUGUUCAGUGGAUCCCAGAAAUUCCAGCAUUGCCUCACUAAGGAUGAAAGCCAAGGAACACAUUCAAUCAAUCGGAAAGUCGUGGUGA